CGGUCUCCUCCGCGAGUGCCUACAGUGCGCAGCCGGUGACGUACGCCGAAUGUUUCGUAUCUYGGUGUUUUCCGUGUGUCUCCCUUUCGCCGUCUCUGUCUUGCCCGACCGGACUACUUAUUCUUGAGCGCGCGACGGCGCUCGCUAUUCCAUUUCACAUUCUGAAAAUGCACAACGCCGACCAUCGUCUCCACCACUGUUGGACGCAACUCUAAUACCAUCCAUCACGCUACGGGACACAAUUAGCCGUAUUUCCGGCGGGAUGGCUCGUGACGCUGUCGUGCACGACGUGGACCUGCCGUCGCUGGAGUACGACGACGAAGAAACCGCUUACAUGUCCACAGAGACGCCUAGCUUCGACGCGGACGACGCGACACUGGGCAGCACGUUCGUGAUCGUUGACGAGGACGUCUCCGAUCCGGACGAUAACGACGGAGUUGGCGAAGAGGACGACGUAUCUCCGCUGGUGGCCCGGACGGCAUUGACCUCUGCCGCCGAUUCGCGGUCGUCGUCCUCGGACACUGGAAAGGUCAAGUUCUUGGACAAGAUCAGAGAACACAAGAGCUACCAGAAGCUGGCGAGGAUCGUGAAAAAAAAAGGUGAAGAACCUCCAGUWAUUAUGUCACCAGAUUCAGGAAUUAACGAAUUGCAAGGUCUUACUCUCGAAGAACAGGAAAAGCAGAAAGAAGAAUGGCAACAAGAGCUGAACAAGGUAGAAGAAGAAAUCAAGACAUUACGUGAAGUGCUGGGUUCCAAGGUGAAAGCUUCUCAAGAGCUUAGACGUAAGCUUGGUUAUACUGUUUGGCAAGAGAUUAGUGAAGACGUGUCACAGAGCUUGCGAAAUGUUAAAGAGUCAAAUGUUUAUCAAAAUGUAGAGGACAAAUUUACUCAAUUUGGAAAAGCUGUUGUUGACGCACCAAUUUACCAAAAUGUAGAAGGCAAGGUUAAGCAGUUUGGAUCAGCGGUCACCGAAACGCCUAUUUAUCAGAAAACUGAAUCUGUGGUAAAAACAACCGCAGAAAAAGCUACAACAAUAUUUGGAGGAUUUGGCAGUGGUCUUACAACCAAACUUGGCCAAAUUAAGAACUCUGAAUCAUUCCGUUCUUUUGAAGAAAAAGUGGGUUCAGCUUUGGAAAAUGUUAAGACUAAAGUUGCAUCUCGAUCCAACUCAAUGCAGAACUUUGAUGAGAUAUUGGAGGAAGAAACUCGUUUGGCAAAUGAAGAAAAACGUUCACGAGAAGAACGUGAAGCUGCAACAAAAUAAAUUUUUGGUAUCUAAAUCAUCUCUCUUGUACUUUCGACAUUUAUCAUAAUCGUGCAAUCUUGGUCACUUAAGUACAGAAUUUACCUUAAACUAGGCACUACAAAUUCAAUUUCUCACAAAUUUAUUUAUCCUGAAUUUAGUGUUGAAUUGUAUUUUAUUAUUAUAUAAAACAUUUUUUCCCAUAAUGUUUAUCAUUGAUUUGUGAUUUUUGAUAGUUAUUAAUCUUAUUUAUAUAAAUAUAAUAUAUAUUUUUUUUUUUUUGUAUAAAUAAUCUUACGAGCGCUUUAACUCUGAAAAAUAAUUAUGUUUGUGCCUAUACAACGAUACUGUACGACAUACACUUACUUUAAAAGUAUUCCAAUUAUUGUAAUUAAAUUAGAUAUUUUUUUAGUUAAGUAUUUAUAUAAAUUAAACUAAAUUAAUUAUUA